CGUUAUUUUCGCAAACCGCUGUGACCGUUCGACCGCUGAGAGCAAAAGGUGCACAUGUUCUAACUAUCCCAUAUGUAUAUGGUUGCGAUUGCAGGACCGUUCUGACGCUUCCAGUGAGUCAUUUAUGCGGGAGAAGCUGUACGAAGGUGAACGUGCUCUCAGGACGGCGACCAAGGAUCACAACUUAUUCUGCAACUUCGCGCUUCCCUGCCACUGGUAAGUGUACAUGGCCAGAUAUAUAACAGUCGAACUAGAACCCACCGACUAAAUCUGCUCGCUGGUGGCACUACUACAUCGCUCGUGCAUCAUGUUUUCUUCGUCGCUCGGAGGUUAUCCGGUCCGAGGGAAAAUGCUCUUGCGCGCUUCUCUUCAGUGGCGAGGGGGAUGUGUGUAGAUAUAAUACCAGUACAUAUGUCGGCUUCAGGCAAGUUGCCUGUCCACAAUGUCACCCUCGCAAGUCCCCCAACCCAUCCAUGUCUUGUCUCCUGAUCUUGUUGGUGUACUCAAGAAUAGCGUAGAGGCUACAUUGGUAGCUCUUAUCAAGAAGAACAAACACACCCGCUAUUUUUCCGAAUCUCCUGUCUUUGCAUCAUUUCACAGUGCAAUACGCAAUCUUGGGAGGGGCGAUUAUGGCGGCAUUUCAGAUGAUAUCUUCCUGGAAACCUAUCGUACCACGAUCCCGUUAACAACCUACAGCUCUUACGAGCCUUUCGUGGCUAAAUUCCUUGCGGAAACUUGUCAGGAGGACGAUAUUCGAGAUAUGUUCUCGCCUGGGUUGCCCCAUCACAUAGCGACCACGAGUUCGACCUCGAGCCCAAAGCCAAAGUUUUUCUGCAAGUAUAAACACGAUCAAGGUUCGCCUUAUGCCUAUGGUGAUGGAAGAACGACCUUCUGGACCUUUUCCCUCCACUAUCGCCAGUUGGUGAAAAUCCAAAAUCGCAACGGAGACAUAAUUAAAACAAUACCCGCCGGUUUAGAGUCAUCUGGAGGGGCCCGUAUGCGGCAUGGUUUGACAGUGGAAAAUGAUCACUUGAAUAUGAAGUUGGCAGGAGAAUGGGCCACUUCUCCACCCGCCGUUGGCUUCAUCCGCGACCAUCGCACAUUCUUGCUCACGCACACACUCUUUGCACUCGCAGAUAGCAAGGUUGAGACGAUAUCUAUAAUCUUUAUUACGUCCGCAGUCGAUAUGAUACGCUACAUGGAAGAAGAGUGGGAAACCCUGAUUGCUUCCAUUGAGACAGGUGAACUCCCCGCCUGGGAUGAGAUCAAAGAUGUCCGGGAACACCUUCAACCCCAUUUUCCUCCACGCCCAGAGCGUGCUGCUCAGCUUCGUACAGUCGGUAAAGCAACGGACCAACCUGGCUGGCUGUUGAAGAUUUGGCCGAUGCUCAAGACCACUCUUUCCGUCAGUAGCGGUGUUUUCUCUGUUGGGGUUCCGAAGUUACGAUUCUACUUGGGCCCCGACGUGCAGUUGCGUAGCGUCGGGUUUGCCUGUUCCGAAGUCUACAUUGCUUCAGUCUAUGACCCUUCAGAUCUGAAUCUUUUCAAAGUCACAUCACAAGACAUCAUCGAAUACCUUGACGUGGUCAAGGAGGAAAAUGCGUCUAGUAUCGUCCCCCCUUGGCUAGUUGAGGUCGGGAAACAUUACGAGGUCGUGGCCACCACCCGUGAUGGAAUGUGGCGCUACCGUUCUGGAGAUGUCGUCAAAAUUGCAGGCUUUGAUCCGACCGACGGCUUACCUAUCAUUCGUUACUUCGAACGGCGGAAUGUUAUUACAUGGAUGGCAGGGGGUGCGCUGACUGAGAAGCAUAUCGCCACUGCUAUCUUAGCGGUGCAAGAUACCCUUGCCCCGAUAGUCGAAUUCACUGCCAUCAUCGAUAGCUGCAGCGGGAUUCCCACCCUUGGAUAUCUUGUUGAAGUUCAUGGCGAACUUCAUCCAGAGGCCGCCAAAGCUCCCGUGAAACUACGCAACGAACUUUGUCGCCUAAACGAGGAGUUUGAUCCACAGAGAAUGCAGAUACCCACCAUCCGGGUGUUGGAGCCCGGAACGUUCGGGGAGUACAGACAUUGGAGAACUGGGGUGACCAACUCCGGUUCCGGACAAACCAAGGUCCCUGUGUUGAUAUGGGACAAUACGGCCCGAGAGUGGAUGUUAGCGCGAGUCCGGAGGGAAUUGGGUGUAAAUUCGAACGGUAGAGCCUUGCAAGGCUGACUGUGAGUAGAGAGUGACGCUAUCGACGCUAUCACGAGGACACAAACAACUCAUAUCGCGUCUGUUUGACCAACAUGGUCCCGGUCUAGUCAUACUUCCUGGCGACGUCGCGACCCGAACGGAAUGGCCUGUGUCAUCAGUGCUCUAGAUUUAUGUAUGUACUUAGCACAUUAGGCAUAGAGGAUGGACCUGUCGUCGAUAUCAGUGUAUUGUACCAUGUAUAAUACUCAUAUGUCCUGACAAGUGCGACAGCCGUCUGGGCCUACUGCAUGUACUUUCGUAUGGAC